GAUAAGGUUCCUGGGGGUGAGGACAAGGUUCCUGGCGCUGAGGACAAGGUUCCUGGCGGUGAGGACAAGGUUACUGGCGGUGAGGACAAGGUUUCUGGCGGUGAGGAUAAUGUUCCUGGCGGUGAGGACAAAGUUCCUGGCGGUGAGGACAAGGUUCCUGGCGGUGAUGACAAGGUUCCUGCCGGUGAGGACGAAGUUUCUGGCGGUGAGGACAAAGUUUCUGGCGGUGAGGAUAAGGUUCCUGGCGCUGAGACAAGGUUCCUGGCGGUGAGGACAAGGUUUCUGGUGGUGAAGACAAGGCUCCUGGCGGUGAGGACAAGGUUCCUGGUGUUUUUGGUCGCCCUUUGCCUCUUUUUCAAAAAUGAAUUAAGUGGGCGAAAAUGGACGUAAAAUUAAGGCUAUUAUAGCCUUACUUUUUGGUCGUUUUUUGCCUCUUUUCAAAAAUGAAAUAAGUGGCCGAAAAUAAACGAAAAGUUAAGGCUGUAGCCUUUCGUUUUGGUCUUUUUUGCCUCUUUUUCAAAAAUGAAAUAAGUGGCCAAAAAUUGACGAAAAGUUAAGGCUAUAGCCUUUCUUUUUGUCUUUUUUAACUCUUUUUCAAAAAUGAAAUAAGUGGGCGAAAAUGGACGAAAAAUUAAGGCUAUAGCCUUACUUUUUGUUCGUUUUUUGCCUCCUUUUCGAAAAUGAAAUAAGUGGCCAAAAAUGGACGAAAAGUUAAGGCUAUAGCCUUUCUUUUUGGUGUUUUAUAACUCUUUUUCAAAAAUUAAAUAAGUGGGCGAAAAUGGACGAAAAGUUAAGGCUAUAGCCUCACUUUUAUCAUUUUUGACCACUUUUUCAACAGUGAAAUAAGUGGGUAAAAAUGGACGAAAAGGUUGUGGUAUAUUCGACUCUAAAAAGGUCAAAACUGGUACUAGGGUUUGGACAUGUUUCAGGGUCUUUUUUAACAUACAAGUUGGAGGAGGGGGGGUGGGCAAACGCCCCCAGUUCCCCCUUGUGCUUUAUAAACGGAAAGUAAGUUACGUACCAUCCCUUGUUCUUGUUUAAUAAAAUCGACCUAAUUAAUUAAAUCGACACUAAGUAAUGAUAAAUUAUUGUUGAUAUAUUUUUUUAUUUUCUGCGCGUUUUUCCCUUAAUCUGUUAUUUCCAAUACAAAUUUAGUUUGCGUAAAUUUUAUAGCAAAUUUCGAUGCUCAGAAUGGCCAUCCUAAAAUAAUAUCUCACAGAACGGUCCCUUUUCAAAUAAGCCCCUCCCUGGAAAAAUCCUUAAAAAACCGUGAGAUAUUUAGAAGAAAUUAACUGUAUUGAUAAUAUUAUACCUUUUAAAAUAGUAUUAAAAUUGCUCUAUCUUUUUUUAAUUUUUUAGCGGAAUUGCAGAAAUGACAAAUGCGAGCUCUUAACCAGUGCUCUGCUCUUAACCCGAUCUACUCCCGAUUGCUUUCCGAACGCAUUCCGAUACGUGUUGCGCAUGCGUAUAAUUUUCCCGCCAAAACUUAAAAUUUCUUUUUCAAGUAUUUUCAAAGUUUUUGGACGUCCAGCAGAUUUUUUGUGUUUAAAUCCGUCAAAAACGCGAAAGGAAAGGCUUUUUACUGUCUAUUUUUUUUAAUUACUUUGACAAAAAAGGGGCAAAAUUGUUUCAGGUAUGUUUAUUUGUGUUUAUAGCUAAAAAUUUUGCCAUUUUCUGGGCAGUAUAUUUUUUCGCUGCACCCGGAAUUAAUUGUUGACAUUUGUAUUGUGUGUAUUUUUUGCGAAGUUAUGUACGAAAAACCAGUAUUUUCACUGUCUCUAGGAUGCCAAAGCGGAAAGACGACGACCUUUGCGAAUAUGAACUGAAAAGGAUAGCAAAUAUCAACAGAAAUCUUGAUUUUCUCGAGAAAUUAGGUAUGUCGAAUUGAUUUGUUGCCAAAAUAUAGGUCUGGGACGGUUGUUCAAAGCUGACUAGCGCUAUAUUAAAACCCUAGGUUAAAAUCUAAUCUGCUGUUUUAGUUUGUCUAUUUCUACACGUCUGUUUAUUUCAAAACUACAGAGAAGAAAACUCCUGUCGAUCCAGACACGAUCUCUGAAGAAAUAUUUCCAAAUUUAUAGACAAGCUCAAGGACAAGCUGUCAGGAAGUUUGCUUUGAAUUUUAGGUUAACCUACUAAGGGUUAAGCUAAUCCAGCUUUGAACAAUUGGCUCCUGGAUGUAAAAACUUACUGAUGUCCAUGAUAGUAUGAUACUGUUUUAGUUUAUAUACAGUGUAGUUAUAAAAAUAAGUGGUUUGGUUUGUUUUUUUCCGUACGUUUUCUGUGUUUCGUACAAGAUGUUUUUGUAUUAAAACUCGUCAGAAGUGUACGCUUUGUAUGUAAUAGGAACAUGGUCUCCCGAAAAGGUCUUCUAUUUUUUAAAAAAUCCAUACAAUUUGAUUUAAAAUGCAAUGCUUUGACAUGCAAUGAUGCAAUGCUUCAAUGUACAGUAAAACCUCUAUAAUUUGUAUUACAUGAAUUACGUGCAACAUCACAAUAGCGUUGUGUCAUUAUCACGGCUAAAAACGCACAGGUUGUUGCAAGUUGAUAUCGACAGGCGUGAACAAUGUUGUGCGGGCCAACUAUGAACAAGUUGUCAACCAUGUUGUUCGAAGUUGUUACAGUUGAACAAUGCCGUAACAACAUGUUGACAAUACUGUUCAUAGUGGGCGGCACAACCUUGUUCACGUCUGUCGAUAUCAACUUGCAACAAGUUGUUGAUUUUCUCAAUUUUUACGCGUGUAAUUACAUAAUGAAACAACGCUAUUGUGAUGUUGCACGUAAUACAAAUUAUAGAGGUUUUACUGUACAUUGAAGCAUUGCAUAUCAAAGCAUUGCAUUUUAAAGCAAAUUGUAUGGAUUUUUUUUAAAUAAAAGACCUUUUCGGGAGACCUAUGAUAGGAAGAGGUUUAAUUUAAUAUUUUGCUGGCCCCAGAGCAGGGGCGCCGAGAGGGGGACAAAUUGCCCCGGGCCCCCACCUUAGUAGGGCCCCAACUUGAAAGCAAGAGCCUAAAAUUGAGUAGGUUCUAUAUGGAGGGCCCCUUACAGUACCUCCCACAUGCAGUUAGGCUAAGGCCUAGCUCAAACGUAAUGAUGUCAUGGCCCCCCAGGAAAGAUUUGCCCCGGGUUAGCGAAUUCUCUCGGCGGCCCUGCCUCAAAGUGACAAAACGUAACAAAGCAACGGUUUUAAAGCCGGUUUUUCACUUCAAGCGUACCACAAGUAGAAACAAAGGGGGUGCGGGUGGGUGGGUGUUUGUGGGUAUAAUCUCGAAAUAUUUUCAUCUAUGACAUAAAAUAUACCAAAUAUAUGUGGCUUUCAGGUUGGUAUAAACGCAAGUCAUAUACUUUGACACGGAAACGGGGGUUACACUCACGAGCCGUGCAUUGCCCAGGGGAAAGCAGCCCUCGCCCAAGAAAACUGAAGUUGAGCAAAUUAUAAACGAAAGUUGGGCAAAACGUUGUGGGAAAUAAUUUAAAAGCAAGAAAUAUAUAAGAUAAAUAUGUAAAAUCAUGGUAAAAAAGUGCACGAAAUAUUUUCAAAAAAUUCUUUCCGCCCCUCCCCCUAAAAUUUUCCCUCCCAUACGCCUAUGGGUACAAUUAUCAUCAACAAUAAAGUGACUAUAGGCAAUUCCAGUUUUUAAUUUAUGCGCGCAGGGAAGUAAAGUAUCAAAUUGAUGAUUAUGCGAACAAAUUUCAAUAAAAACUGCCGAAACAACCGAAAUAUUUCAAUAUUUACAAGUAUGAGGUAGUACUCCGUGUUUGCCACUGGUGUUUACACGGCCGCCAUUUUUAUUUUUUCAGCAUAAUCAGCAAUAAGUAUAGGUUACUUCCCAUCCCCCUCUUCACGGAUAAACUAAAAGCUGGAAUUGCCAAGUCAAGACUCAGUGAUAAGAAUGUUGCAUGGCAUUUUCAAUUCUUUAAGUACCACUGUUCGGGUCUGUUCCUCAUGUCAUCCACACUGAACUCUUUUAAUAUGUUAUAAGCAAAAGACUGCGCUUAAUUUCUAGGAAUUGAAGUUGACAGAUCGGCGUACUUUCCUAAACAACCAAGUAAAAGAAGCGCCAAAGUUGAGAGUGACAGCAGCAGUGAUGAAGAAUGGCUGCCAGGGAAAGAUGAAAAUAAUCGCAAGAAAUUUAAACCAUACAAGCCAGGUAAAUUAACUUCCUUUCUUUACACUGAAAAAUAAAUCUAUCUAUCGGUCAGUGUGCAGUACUAUAAUUCCAAAGGGAACCAUGGAUGUAAAAUGCAAUUGUACCAAUGUUAGGCAAUGUACCCUAUAUUUUCAGUAUUCAAGCCAAUGAAGACGGGACACACAAUUACAAAGAAAUCUUCCAGCAAUACAGCAACAAAAUCCAAGACGUAUCAGGUAGAUUUUGCAAUCAUAUUUUCGAGCAAUUUUUUAAUAAAAAAUAUAGGAAUUGAUAGUCUUAACAGCCCCCAUCGACUGAAAUCGACUGCGAUUAUGUAAAAUUAAAUUCGUUCCUUCUCAAACAAGCAUGCAUUUGAUAAAAACUUUCUACUAGACCAAUUGAACGGUUACAGAGAUUUACGUACCAGAGGAAGACGGUCUUGUACUCCUUUCUGGUACCUCUUAAAUAGACUUUCCUGGUACUUUGGUUGUAAAUUCAUUUUGUGCACGAUUCAAAUAUUAUCAAUGUUUUCAUUCAAUCCUAGUGUCUUUAUACUGAUACUACCUACCACCCAACCCUUGGUUUAUUAAACGGAUAUCAUCUUUUGCGUUACUACAUGUUUAAAGCAUAAUGUGCAACUUUAAAAUUACAGGCCGAAACAUUUACCAGCCAACGACAACCUAGUACCAGCCAGGUCCAGCCUAGUGCCAGCCAGGCUAAACCAAAUAGUGAUGAAGAUUUUGAGUUUCUUGGACGACUCGCUACUGAUGAUACAAUCUUUGACAACCUGGAAAAUGUGAAACCCGAAUCCAAGAGGCGAUCCAUUAAGUUUAAGUGUAAAAGUGUAAAGAAACCAAGCAGGCGAUCUACAAGACAUACACUACGCAAAAACUACACAGAAGAAGAAGUACCUGAUGAUGAUCACUAUAUUUGUAAGUUAUUAAGUUGCUGAUAUUGGUAAAAUUAUUCAGCUAAAUACUCAGUUUGGUGUUACCAAAACAAUAUCUUUCUUUGUACACAACAUUGUACUCGCCCUUAAUUUAAUUAGAGAAUAAUACAUGGGUGCGCGAAAAUAUCAGAUUUAUUUCGAGUGAGAUAUCAUGUUCAACACGAGAAAUAAAUCUGGUAUUUCCAAGCACUCGUGUAUUUUCCUGUUUAUUAUAUAAAGGACAGUCUUUGAAAAGUGAUAAUUUUCACAUGUGAGAUUAUCAUGAAUAAUCUCACAUGUGAGAUUAUCACUUUUAUCAGUGCUCGAAAUCUCUAUAUUAAAAGCACUAUACUUUAUACAUGAAUAAUAAAAUAAAUGGAUAGGAAACUAGCUGACGUGACCUAAUGUUUUUACUGGGAUUGAUGGCGUGGUUGGAUGCCUCAACCUAGUUGAAAAUCAAAUUCUCAAAAACGGCAUGUUUAGCAGUAUUACAGCUAAACAUUUUAGUCAAAGAGCAAAUAAAUGUAACCACGCCAUUCUACGAUGAAAACUCUAAGUAUUCCCAGUCAAUUUUAGCAAAUAUUUCAAGCACUAAACAGUGAAAAAUACAUCGCAAAUUUCGUUAAAAUUUGUGACGCCAAUUUCGUAGCUACAAAUGUAAAAAAUACAAAACAAAGACGAAAAACAUUUACCUUGAAUACUUUGUCGUGGCUUAGGCAUGUUUUUAAAACAAUUAGACCAGUUUACGCUUCAAGAUCACCCUUUUAAAGUGGAAAAUAUAGCAAAACAACAAAUAUGCCAAGAACUUUGGUAACAUUCGCAAUACGCGUGACGUCACGUUUUUCAACAAGGAUGCAGUCAAUGACGUCAGAAGUUUCCAAUCCAUUUAUUUUAUUAUCCAUGCUUUAUAUAAUAAAUUAUAUUUAAUUGAUAAUAGACUGUGAUCAGUGUGAUGACUUUUACUAUGGAGAAUGCCCUACACAUAACUUUAACAUCAUUGAAGACAAUGACAUGGAAGCAGGAAAGAAGACGCCUGGUGCAAUAAAAUCGCUUCCAGAAAAUUUAUGUGUUAAACCUUCAACGAUUCCUGAAGCUGGUAUGGGAGUUUCUGCGAAGGAGAAGCUGGAAGUAAAUACUCGUUUUGGACCAUACCGGGGAGACAAAAUUCUGAAGGAAGAUUUAGAAGAAGGAAGAAAUACAUCGUAUAUGUGGGAGGUAUGGGAAAAACGACAUUACAUGCCUUUAAAUGUACAAGAAGAGAAUUUUAUCAACUAUUAUUCUAAGGAAUACCUUAUCAAUAUAAUAAGUAAGAAAGUUCUUAUUGAUAACCAAAUUUAUAGAUUAUACAAGAAGGGAAAAUUCAAUAUUACAUCGAUGGUAAAGACCCUUCCCAGAGCAACUGGAUGCGUUUUGUCAAUUGUGCACGUUGCGAGGACGAACAAAACAUAAUUGCCUAUCAAUAUCACGGAGAGAUUUUCUAUCGAGUGUAUAAAGAAAUUGACGCAGACGCUGAACUCUUGGUUUGGUAUGGAGAUGAAUAUGCAGAACAACUUGGUAUACUGCUAUUUGAAGAGGAAGAAAAGCAGGAGGAAAAACGUUUUAAAGGUGCGUAUGACAUAAGUUGACACCAUAGUUGACACUCAUAGUUAUUAACUACAAUCCUGGUCAAAAAUCCUUGGCGCACUUAGUCGAACUAGCAUAACCUUUACUUCAUUUCAUUUCCGAUUACCAUAUACAUACUUGCGCAUUUUAUGCAAAAUGCCAUCUUCAGACAUCCACCUUCCCCCCCCCCCUUAUCAAUGUUGUGUAACACCUUGGACUACACACAACAUUGAACGGGGGGGGGGUUGCUAUGCUUUUUAUUGAUGUGGGAGUCAAAUUUCGCACAGUCAGUGUCAAGUGCGCCAACAUUUUUGACCAGGAUUGUAAGAUUCACCCGAGGCAAAAGUUCUUGAUAAAUGUGCUUAACCAGUGGCGAAGAUAGCCCGGCUAUUUGGUCAUGCUAUGCAAAUAUUUCCGUGUUCAUAGACCAUGAAAACAAUCAAUUUCUAAAGAAAUGAAUGAUGAUUUAAAAUUUGCAUAGCAUGACCAAAUUGUCGGGCUGGCUUCGCCACUGUGCUUAACGACUAAGGCCUGUUUCAAACGUCAUGCUUCUCAUGUGCCGAACGCAUUAAAAACAAUGGAUCAUCAGCUGAAAUAUCUCAUUAUUAUCUAUUGUUUUAAUGCGUUCGGCACAUGAGAAGCACGCCGUUUGAAACAGGCCUAAGGUCUCAAUUUUUUCAUGUUCCAUUUUUCUGUAGAGGGUGGUCACGCCUGUAAACACUGUGGAAGAAUGUAUACAUAUCCCAAUUGGCUAGAAUCUCAUUUAAGAAGAUGUCCAAUGUUGGUGUGUACCAAACUAUGGGAAUGUCCUCACUGCAGUAGAAAGUACAGUAGUGAAGACUACCUUAAUGUUCACGUUAGAAAUGACUGUAAGAAAAAUCCACAUUUAAAAACACUUAAAGGAAAACAUUGUACUGUACGUGUCAUUAGGACGAAACCUUUUUCUGACCAAAAACAGGUUUGUGGUAGGAGAUUAAAACUUAGUAAAAAUAGAUCUAAUGAACGUGAGCUAGAAGAUGAUAGGUUAGAAUGUGAUACACUAGUUGGUAGUUUUGGAAAUGAUCAAAGAAGUGGAAAACAUCCAUAUCAAUGUCAACAUUGUG